CUUUUCCAUAUUUUUCAAUAUUCACUCCAAUAGUAAAUCCACUUUUCAAAAAAAACUCCAAUAGUAAAUCCAUAUGCAAAGUUAAACAGCAUGUAAUUCCCUCCAAGGCCCCUUUAUUCUUUGAAAUAGAACUGGAUAAGAUGGAAAGGGCUGCUCAUCAUCGUCCAUACAAAACCAAAAAGAAGCACCAGAUAAGCAAUGGAAGAUAGAGAGUUAAUAACAAAAGAGAAAUGGCAGGUUUAACAACAUUGUCAGCACUUCCACUCAAUUCAGUGCCCAAGACUGCUCAAUCCAAAUGUGAAUCUUGUCAAACUACAUUGAAAUCAUCAACACAGCCCAGUUCAGCUUACCCAAUUUUCAGUACUCCAUUAAACAGAAUCAAGCCAAGGAGAUUGUGUGCUGGAUUAUCAGAAAUAGAGCCUGACCUCAAUGAAGAUUUUGUGGACAGAUGGAGAACCAAUGGCAUUGAUGAAGCGGAUUUCAUUUAUGGCAAAUAUGAUGAUCACCAUACAUUUUAUGAAGGUGAACAGAAGAAAGGCGCAUUUUGGAGUACAGUUGCAGAAGAGUAUGAAUCUAUAGGACCCCCAAAGGGAUUUCAAGGUUUUAUUUCUUGGAUAUUCCUUCCAGCAAUUGCUGCUGGGAUGUACUUCAACGUUCCGGGAGAAUACUUGUACAUUGGAGCUGCUGUUUUCGUUUCAUUAUUCUGUGUGAUUGAAAUGGAUAAACCAAGUGAAGCUCACAACUUUGAGCCUCAAAUAUAUAAUAUGGAGAGAGGGGCUCGUGAUAAGUUGAUCAAUGAUUACAACACCAUGGACAUUUGGGAUUUCAAUGAAAAGUAUGGUGACCUUUGGGACUUCACCAUCAAGAAAGAACCUAGUGACAUUAUGAAGAGAUGAUAGUACUGUUUGAUCAGAAUUCAGCAAACCAUAGAAAUCUUGAAAAGCUAAACAGUUUUUUUUUUGUUCUUUUGCUCUCUUUUCUCCCUCCUUAAUCUGUUGUAUGGUUGGCUAAAAUGUUGCAAAAAAAACCUGCCCAAAUGUAACAAUAUUGAUCUUCUGAUCCUGCAAGAAAUUCAUUGUAUAUAGUUGCUGAAAUCCCCCAAUGACCCAAUUAUUCUGAUUUUUUCAAAAUCGGAAUUUCACACAGGAUCGUUUUGGCGUCUCAGGAUCAGAUCAGAUUCUGGAUCGGUGAGAUUAGAUUGGCGGGAUUGAAACUAUUUAAAAUAUUAUAAUAAUUCUGAAAUU